AGUUUUUUUUUUUUGAUAAUCUAUAGGCUUAAACCUAAACAGCAUUGAUUUUAAAGUACUAAACCAAACGUCGGCCGACAACAGCUCAUCGCCGGUCGGGCCUUCCCGGUUCGAGUCUCGGCUGCUUCCCCUGCCGCUGUGAUAAUUCAUAAAAGGAAUCAUCUCUGUUUUUUUAAUCUUCUGCACCAACUGUUGUAAUUACAAUGGACAGUGAUGAUUGGGAAAGUUGUUCAGACAAUGAGGUCUAUCUUAAAGACAGAAACGAAGACAAUGAUGAAGAGGAUUGCUACUUAUCCGGGUUUGUAUCCAGAUUACAAUUUAGAUAUCUCAAAUGCUCGAUGGAUUGAUGAUUUGGCUAUGGCCGAGGUUGUUGAAAAGAAGGGUAAGAUGUGGGUGACUACGGGAACUAUUCGCAAUGUUAACACAUAUUGCUCCAUCGAAGAAACUGUGUUUUUGGUUGAAAUAGGGGCCUUGCAUGUUUUAGAUCGAAAUGGUAUGUAUCUUUCUCUAAAAGAACUAUACGAGAAGCUUUCGGAUGGAAAGAGUGGAUGCAAUUGGGAGGUUUUUGAGGUGUAUAGGAACCUGAAAUCUCUUGGUUAUGUAGUUGGGCGCCAUGGUAUCCCUUGGUCUGUGAAGGGUCAAAAGAUCAAGUCUGGAACCUGUUCACUCGAGAGCAGUCAAGAGAGUAAUGAGCUGCUAGAAAUGGAGCAAGAAAACAAGAAUUCCAUCAUUGAGUUGUUCAAUAAUAUGCGGAUUACAGAAGUGACUCCGGCUUUUCAUGUUUAUCUUCCGAACAGCAAGUUUAGAAAGUCUUCUCCGGGUGAUCCGAAUUUUAUUCUAUGCAUGAGUAGGAGCAAUCCACCAUCCAGAGUCAAAAUCGAGGCUGUCGAGAGAAAGCAUGGUGCCAUCCCUUUGAAGUUCUUUCACGUAGAAAACGGGUGUGUCAGCUUCUUCUCCUUUGCUAAGGUCGAUCUGCCAGUCUUACCUUGAAACAUUUUGCUGUCUUACAGAGAGAAAUCUUG